AUGAAACCAAUGGUGACCACACUUUAUAAUGGCAAGCUCCCGUUGGCGUUGGCUGACCCUAAUGGGAUAUUCACAUGGUGUCCGCAUUUGAAUUUGAUAUUUAUAGCCAUGAACAAGAUGUCGAUCUGGUGUUAUCGAAUGAAUGGCGAGCGAAUAUAUUCCAUCAACAACAAAUCGAUUGUCAAACAUAUAGCGUUUUACCGCGAGUACUUUUGUUUGUCGGGGACAGACAACUUGAUCAAGAUAUAUGAUUCUAAUAAUGGGCAGUUGGUGAAGGUGUUGCCGCAGGAGUUUGAUGGUGUUGAGUUUGUUGGGUGGAAUGGGACUGAGUAUAGAGUGCUGGUGUCGAUGCCGAUGGUUUAUGACUUGGUUAGUGAGUUGGAUUAUUUGGUGGUGAGCGACGGCAAGAGGAUGGCGAUUACGUUUAACCAGUUGUUGACGGUGGACUGGGAGUGUGAGAUGAGUGUGCACCAGCAACUAAAUAGGGACUUGUUCAACCAAGUGUAUGUCGCUGGGGAUAAGCUAGUUAGGGUCAGGUUUGUUGUCGACAACCAGAAGUUGUAUACGGAGCAGAUUAUCAAGGUGUGUCAGCUUAUCAGUUUGCUAGAGUAUGGGGAGCAGCACAUACAAAAGAUUAAGGGGUUGGUGGUACCGUUUUUGCUGGCGAUGGACCGGUAUAUGUCGAAUUUGGAAUCUGAGUGUGGUGAUUUGGCGCAGUACUUGUCUGAUCUUGUUGUUAGUAAUAUCAUUCCUGAAUUUUCUAAAGAUUUCUGGCUAAACCAGUAUGGCGAGCGUGGACACAAGAGGAUGGUUAAAUUGGCAGGGGUGUAUGAGAGUUGUGUAAAGGAUACGUACCAGCACUUGGUGAGCACCACAGAGAGGGUGAUUUCGAUUGUGGGGGAGUUGAUUGGUGUGUCCAAAUGGGAGCAAGGAUUGUUGGCGACAACGGAGUUGGAGGCCUUGUUAGACCAGGCGAAGCUGCAGCUAAAGUUUUAUUAUAGGUUUAUUUGGGAUUUGCAGACUGAGCGGCAGCAGGUAAGUCAGUUUUUGGUAUGGACAAAGAGUAUUAUCGAUAUGCUAAAUGAUCAGGAGUGUGAUAUUGCCUAUUCGACUACAGAUGUGUUGUGCUUUAUCAAUGGGGCACUUACGAAGAGUGUGAUGCUAAAGUAUUUUGAUAUCAAGGGGGUACCAGAAACGCCAAUGACGAAUAUUAGUAUGGAUUUGACUACAAUUGGUGAGUACCACCGGUCGAGGGUUGAGGUGGAGGUGUUGCAGAACAUUUCAUUACCGUCUGUCUAUACAAACCUAAAACUAGCCCAAUGGGAGGAGGUGGUGGUUACCUAUCAACAAGGUAACGCCCUUGUUAUUGCUAAUGUGGAUGGUGUGGUGUCAACGGUGCAAGAUGUGUACUCCUAUCAACACAGGCAGACCGAUUUGGUGGCGUUGACGAGCAAGUCGUUGUUGAUUAUUGAUUCGUCGUCGUGUAUACCGAUUGCACUUCCGGAAACACUGUUCCAACCGACCAAGCUAAUUCUUAACCAAGAGUAUGGUGUGUUGCUCGACUCAACGAGACAGCACUAUUCAAUAUUUAGGAUGUAG